AUGUCAGCUGUGGCGGCGGUGGCGGCGGCGGCGACCGCGACAGACGAUCCGGACGGAUACGAAGCCGGCAGUCAGGAGGACGACAUGGGAGCCGCCGAACGGGAUUUGGCUGAGGACGCUCGCUGGAAGCUCAUCCAGCAGAACACGUUCACACGAUGGGCCAACGAACACCUAAAGACGGCCGGCAAGGCCAUUGGCAACCUGGAAACGGACUUGGGCGACGGGCUCCGAUUGAUCGCCCUCAUCGAGGUGCUCAGCGGCAAGCGGUUGCCCAAGCACAAUAAGCGGCCCACAUUCCGGUCGCAGAAACUGGAGAACGUGUCCGUGGCGCUCAAGUUCCUCGACGACGAGAACAUAAAGCUGGUCAACAUCGAUUCUUCCGAUAUUGUUGAUUGUAAAUUGAAAUUGAUUUUGGGAUUAAUAUGGACGUUAAUUUUACAUUACUCUAUAUCAAUGCCAAUGUGGGAUGGUGAAUUUGGUGGGGAGCAAGCACCAAACGAAAAAGGAGCCACACCGAAACAAAGAUUGCUGAAUUGGAUCCAGAGUAAGGUUCCUGACAUACCGAUUUCGAAUUUCACUACAGACUGGAACGACGGAAAGGCCGUCGGUGCUUUAGUCGAUGCAGUGGCUCCGGGCUUGUGUCCGGAUUGGCAGGACUGGAAAUCCAACAACGCACUUAAAAAUGCAUCAGAAGCCAUGGGCUUGGCUGAUGAUUGGCUUAACAUCAAACAACUCAUCAAACCCGAAGAAUUGGUCAGCCCCAACAUGGACGAACAAUCCAUGAUGACUUAUCUAUCUCAGUACCCGAACGCAAAGUUGAAACAAGGAGCACCGAUUAGAUCGAAAACGAACCCGAGCCGCGUUCGUGUUUAUGGUCCCGGUAUCGAACCCUCUGGGCCGACUGUGGGAGCCAAAACGAAUUUCACCGUCGAAACAUUUUCCGCCGGUAAAGGCACAGUCAACGUGUCUGUGGAAAACCCCAAAGGAAAAGCCGAACCGGUUGAUCUGGUUUUCAACAACGACCGAAGUCAAACAUACACGGCAACGUAUAAACCAGUCGUCGAAGGACCGCAUAAAGUGCAUGUCAACUUUUCCGGCGUCCCGACUCCGAAAUCUCCGUAUCACGUUAACGUGGACACGUCGGCUGGCGAUCCAAACAAAGUAAAUGUCUUCGGGCCUGGUAUACAGCCCGAAGGCGUGUUCACGAACAGACCAACUUAUUUCGAAAUCCAUACGAAAGAUGCCGGAAAAGGUGUUCCGGAGGUGAUAAUUCUCGAUCCGGCUGGCCGAGAGAACACGAUACCAGUGAAGCUCAAGAAAGAACCUAACGGAGUGUAUAGAUGUGAUUACACGCCGGUGGUCCAGGGUGUGCACUCAGUCAAUGUUUUCUUCGCAAAUCAACCUGUGCCGCUGAGUCCAUUCGCAGUCGGCGUAUCUAAUGCAUCUGACGCUAAACGCGUAAGAGCGGAGUCAAAGAACCCGUAA